AUGAAACUCGCAGUUGCUGUAUUGUCAUCGAUCCUGCUUGCCUGCUCAGUUACUAUUGCCAAUCCAAUUCUUCCCAGUGAAACUACAAGCACCGAGUCUAUCACCUCGCCAACUCAUAAUCCAAACGGUAUAGGCUUAGGUGGUCUUGAUCCAAUUCCAAACAUCAUCAAGGAUUUGCUCAACAAGUACAUAGAGCUAGAGCAUGGCCGUGAUGAACAAGAAAAACUAUAUGGCUCGUUAAAACCUCAAUAUGACCAUCAACAUAAACUGGUAAAGCGCUUGAAAAAAAAGAUUCAAGUUUUGGGAUAUAUAUCUCAAACAAGCGGUGACGGUCCAGAAUAUAAUGUUGAAAUUCGGAAGACUAAGCUUGAUUUUGAAAUCCAAAAAUCCAAACUUGCCAAUCUUAAAAAAAGUCUUCAAGGCUGCGAGUCCAAGUAUAGUUAUCUUACAGUUAAAGUAGAGCAAAUCAAUGUAGAGCUUGUGGAUCUCAUUUUUGGAGAAUCUUGGAAUCCUAAAUUAUUUGGUCGCAAACUUUAUGAUAUCAACUCAAAUCCUUUCAUUAGAAGCUACCUUGAAGAACAAUCAUUAGAAUACAACAAGAGUCUUGGUCGAAAACCUAGUGAUCAGCAACAGCGCAAAAAACCUAGUGAUCAACAAAGUCAAGAUUCACAACCAUCACCGGAUACACCAUCUGGAUCUGUAUCUGGAUACUUUGAACAAAGAGUUCCUUCCAAUAAACGGAAAGGUUUUUCCAAGUUUAUGAAUGGAUUGAAAUCACUCUUUCAGCGAUCCAAAAAUGACGAUUCAUCCAAUUGA